UGGCGGCCGUGCUGAAGGCGGAAGGUAAAGCAGCGUUCAGAGGCCGUCCGCUGUCAGUAUGAGGCGUUCUGCUUCAGCUGAUCUAUUCACGUCGUUUCACCCGGAGGAGGAGCCCUGCUGCCCGGCUCCACCUGCGGCUCCGCACCGCUAACAGCGAGCCGCCGUUAGCUUAGCCGUUAGCUUAGCCGGCUAGCUGAGCGGCCAGACAGACAGCGGGGCAGUGUGGGCGGCCGUGCGUUGUGUGAGGAUCGUCCUGCAUGGACUCGUCGCCAUGAGCAACAAGGAGAUGGUUUCCACGGAGACAGAGAACAAAGGACAGAGGAAGGUGUUCCUCCCCAACAAGCUGCUGGAGUGUCUCCCUCGUCUGUCCAGUCUGCCCUCCGACCGGCUCCGCUGGAACACCAACGAGGAGAUAGCUUCCUACCUGAUAUCGUUUGACAGACAUGACGAGUGGCUCUCCUGCACCCUGAAGACCAGGCCGAAGAACGGCAGCAUCAUCCUCUACAACAGGAAGAAGGUGAAGUACAGGAAGGACGGAUACUGCUGGAAGAAGAGGAAGGAUGGGAAAACGACGAGAGAGGACCACAUGAAGCUGAAGGUCCAGGGCAUGGAGUGCCUGUACGGUUGCUACGUCCAUUCCUCCAUCGUGCCAACAUUCCACAGACGUUGCUACUGGCUGCUGCAGAACCCAGACAUUGUGCUGGUCCACUACCUGAACGUGCCGUCCCUGGAGGAUUCUGGGAAAUGCAGUCCGUUGCUGUGUGCUGUGACCGACCGCCACGACAGCGUGAGGUGGAGCCGAGACGAGCUGCUGAACCAGCUGAGGCCAAUGUUCCACAGUAUGAAGUGCUCGGUGGGUUCAGGUGAUUUCAGUAUUGAGGACUUGGUUCAACACUUUCUGGACCGGCAGAGAACCAAACCACAGCCGCGCACACACGCCUGCCUCUGCAACCCGGCCCAAGUAUCUUCAGGAGUGAACAUUCCUCACCGCUGUAACAGCACCAAGCACCGCAUCAUCUCCCCCAAACUGCCCCCCUCCUCCUGCAGACCCUCCUCCUCCCCUCUCUCUGGUGAGGCAGGGGAGGCAGGGAGGGAGGGGGGAGGAGAAGCCAAACUGCCCCCCCUCCAGACUCAGAGCAGCCCCGUCUCAUCUCCCUGCCCCUCGUCCACACGCAGCAAGUCUCGGCCUCGUCGCCCCCAGCCUCACAAAGCCACCGUCACCAUGGGUAACCACGGCAACGGCUUCUACGGCGACCGCUGCGCCAGCCUGACGACAGUGGCGCUGCCCCAGAACGCUGUGAUCGUCAUGGCAACCACCACCGCCAUCGCAGGGGGAGGAGGGGGACAGGUGGGAGGCGGGGCCAGAGGGGAGGAGGCGGGGCUUUCACUCACCCGCGCUGGACAGUUACUGCUCUCCCCCUCCCUCCCCCCCUCCUCCUUGCGGCGGGCCCGCCUCCCCUUCCCCUCCCUCCUCCUCCUCACCCGCUCCUCCCUCACUCCCCCUCCUCCCGUCCAGGUGCCGGGGGUGGCCACCCUCUCCCUCACCCUCCUCCCCUCCCCGUCAUCGGAGGCCUGCUCCUCACCCCCCCUCCUCCUCCAACACCUCCUCCUCCCUCCGUUCCCCUCCUCCUCCUGCCGCAGCCUCCCCUCCCUCUCCUGCUUCAACCCCCUCUCCUCCCCCGCCUCCCCGUCGGUCCACCCUGCCUUUGACCCUGACUCCUUCCUUAACUCCCCCAAACAGGGUCAGACAUACGGCGGCCCCCCCUCCUCCCUCCUCCUCCACCCCCUCUCCUGUUCUCUGCUCCUCCUCCCCCUCUCUCCCCCAUCCCUAGCUCUCUCCCUCUCCCCCACCUCCACCCCUCCCUCCUCUGUCUCCCCUCCCUCCUCGCUCUCCUCCUCCUCAGAGGCAGACAGGAGAGACUUGGCCCUCCCCCCUCCUCCUCCUCCUCCUCCUCCUCCUCCUCCUCUUCCUCCCCUCCCUCGUCCUCCCUCCCCCUUCCCUCUCCUUGUCUCCCAUCCCCUCUGUGGCCCCGCCCCUGCUCCCACUUUGCCUGGAGCUGGGAGCUCUCGGGGAGUCCCAGGGGGGAGGCAGGAGGAGUCUGUGAGAGAGGAGGAGGUGAGGAGAGGAGGUGAUGACGAUGAUGAAGGUAGUGCUCCUCCCACCAAGCUGGCUCUGCUGCAGACAAGCCACGCCUCCUCCUGCUCGUCUCCACGGCAGCACACAGGAAGUGGCGCCGUUUCACUGCUCUUGGUUUGCCAGGACUCAUCAGUCCCGCCCACCCAGCCGGCCAAUCAGACGCAGCGGCCGGCGGACGGGCAGCAGCCAUUGGUCCUCGGGCCGCCCUACGACCAGCUGUCUCAGACGUCCUAUCAGCCGCUGCUACAGUCAGUCAGCUCCGCCCCCGCUGCUGUCGCCAUGGAUACAGCUCACCUGGCGACGCCCCCCGUCCAGGUGAAGGAGGAGGGAAGGCGGGGCUACGACUCAGAGGACGCCCGCAUGGACACGCACUUGGAGGAAGAGGCGGAGCCCUGUGAGCGAGGAGGGGAGGAGCUAGACAUCUCCUUCGACAGCCAGUUCCCCGACCUCAUCUCUGACCUCAUCACCGAGGAGGCCACGCCCACCGCCGCUCACCCCCGCCCCCAGACCUCGACCCGCAUGGCCUCCAUCACAGACUUCUCUCCAGAGUGGUCCUACCCCGAGGGGGGGGUUAAAGUAUUGAUCACAGGUCCGUGGAGUGAGCCGUUGGGUCGAUACUCGUGUGUGUUCGAUCAGAGCAGCGUCCCCGCAUCACUGAUCCAACCAGGAGUGCUGCGCUGCUACUGCCCAGCCCACGAGGCCGGUCUGGUGUGUCUGCAGGUUCUGGAGUCCGGAGGUUCGAUUUCCUCUUCCGUUCUGUUCGAGUACCGAGCGAGGAACGCCAGCUCUCUGCCCAGCUCGCAGCUGGACUGGCUCUCAUUGGACGAUAAUCAGUUCAGGAUGUCCAUCCUGGAGCGUCUGGAGCAGAUGGAGCGUAGGAUGGCAGAGAUGGCCGCCCGCGACAACAACAACAACAACCAGCAGCAGCAACAUCAUCAUCAGUAUCAAUAUCAACUUCAACAUGGCAGCCAGCUGGCCACGCCCCCUCCCCCCCCUCUGCCUGAGGACCAUGAACAGUGGUUCGAGAGGAGGAUUGUGGGAGUUUGUGAGCGGAUGAUGAGAGGAGGAAGGUGGGGAGGAGGAGGAGGAGGAGGAGGAGGAGAGAGGCUCCAUCACUCGGUCCGUCACCGUGGGAUGACACUGCUCCACCUGGCUGCUGCACAAGGAUACACACACCUGAUACACACUCUGAUCCACUGGAGGAGCGUUAACAGCGACAGUCUGGACUUGGAACAGGAAGUAGAUCCUCUCAACAUCGACCACUUCUCCUGCACCCCGCUGAUGUGGGCGUGUGCUCUGGGCCACCAGCGGGCAGCAGAGCUCCUGUACAUCUGGAACAGUUCUGCUCUGGGGAUCCCUGAUUCGUUGGGUCGUUUGCCGCUCGCCGUGGCUCGGUCCCGAGGACACACCCGCCUCGCCACGGCGCUGGAGGAGCUGCACACGCACACACACAUGACGCCCGGGACACGCACACGCCGCAGCCGUCCCCGUCUCCUCUGUCCACCAGCCCGGACACAGCUCCUCCAGCAGCCUCCCCUCCCCCAGCGACCCCUCCUCCCCCUCCCCGAGCUCCGCCUACUCCAGUGGCCCCGCCCCCAUGGACACCUCCCCCUCCUCUCUUUCUUCCUCCUCGCUGCCGGUCUCCCCUCCCUCCCCCUCCUCCCUCCCCCUCUCCCUGUGUCUAUGUGGGGGGAGGAGAUGACCAGCGGCCUCAGCACAGGUUUGAUCCCCGGAGGCUCCAGAGACUCUCCCCUCUACCUCAUGGACUACGAGAGCACCGGCCCCCCCCCCCACCCACCCACACACCUACGCACACCCGGCGGGGGGCGGCGGGCGCUCACAGCGGCGACGCUGGAGGAGCAGCUGCUGAGCUACAGCGAGAACGCCGAGAAUGAAGAGGAGGAGUUCCUGGAGGAGGAGGUGCUGCAGGUGGACAUGGCGACUCUGGCCGAGCAGAUCAUCGAGGCGACCCCGGAGCGGAUCAAACAGGAGGACUUCCCCCGGGGCGCCGAGUCCCCGCUCAGAGAGAGGCGGGACAACCCUGCCAUACAGGACACCUGGCUGGCCACGUACCUGGACACGGUCGACGCCCACACACACUCUCCGCCCAGACGGGUGUGCCCCCCCUCGCCCCUCAGUGCACUGGCCCUUCAGAGGCUCCGCCCCCCCUCCUCCGCAGCGUGGGCUGAGUUCCUGAACGCCUCGGCCAAUGGGAAGAUAGAGCGGGACUUCGCCCUGCUGACGCUGACGGACGGCGAGCAGAGGGAGCUGUACGAGGCCGCCAGGAUCAUCCAGAACGCCUUCAGGAGAUACAAGGGUCGAAGGUUAAAGGAGCAGCAGGACAUGGCCGCCGCCGUCAUCCAGAGGUGCUACAGGAAAUACAAACAGUAUGCCCUCUACAAGAAGAUGACCCAGGCGGCCAUCUUGAUCCAGUCCAAGUUCAGGUCCUACUACGAGCAGAAGCGUUUCCAGCAGAGCCGGCGGGCGGCGGUCCUCAUCCAGCAGUACUACCGGAGCUACAAGGAGUACGAGAGGCUGAAGCAGGGUCCCAGAGGGGCCGCCAGCCACAACCCCAAGAUCAAGGGGUCGUUCUUGACAAAGAAACAGGACCAGGCAGCUCGGAAGAUCAUGAGGUUCCUGAGACGCUGCAGACACAGGAUAAAGGAGCUGAAGCAGACGAGGGAGCUGGAGAGGAGAGGACUGACCACUUAAACCACGUCUUCAUUUCCUCUCUGUGGAGGGAGAGACAGACGGACUCUGAUGGACUAUAGAGACACAAAGACGGACAGAGAGACGCCUCCCCCUCUUUUCUCUCCCUCCUCCUCAUCUGUCCGUCUCCAGAGCUCCACUGUAAUCGUCACUCCGCCCCUUCACUCAGGCUGACAGGCCUCACGCGUUGGGCUUGGUGCCCUGAUGAAGGCCUUCCAGGCAGCACACAGAGUGUGUGGUGUAAGCUGGGUUCAGAUCUCUGCCUCUGGCCGUCCUCACUUAUGUUUCAGAUAUUGAAUUUAAAUGUGGACAGAAUUAGAUUAACUCUCUGAGGCCAAAGUUUCUCCUCCAUCAGAGUUCUGUCUUCAAAUACAAAUACACUUCUCUAAAUAUAAGUACAUACGUGUAGUAUCUGUCCGGAGACGGACCGUGAGUCUGAUCCUAAACCCGGUUUACACCGUCCACUGUGGAGGCCGAUGGCCACGCAAUGCAUGCUGGGAUACUCGUCUAAAGACAGCAGGGGCGGAGCUCAGAGAGUCUACUCCCAUGAUCCUCUGCUGUGUCCUGUGGACGUCGUCACGGCGACAAACCAAUCAGAGUCAGACUGAAUGUUUUCACGCUGUCAAGGGUUAAAGAGCUGAGGAACGUUUUCUUCAGAAUAAAAGCAGAUAUGAAACACAAUCACAUAUUUAAACACACAUAUAUAUAUAUAUAUAUAUAUAUAUAUAUAUAUAUUCUGAUGUCGGACUUUAUAGAUGCUAUGGAUGUUGAUAUUUAUUACAGCAUGACCUGUUAAUGUGUGUGUAUGAGAGAGAGAGAGAGAGUGUGUGUCUGCACAGAUUGUGAGGUCGAGUCUUAAGGAACCCCCCCCUGACCUCUGACCUCUGUCUAUACACGGACACAGCUAAUCAACUGACUAUAAAUCUGUUUUAAAUCUUAUUUUAGUAACAAUCAAAUAUAAUUAUGAACAUUAAUAAUUAUGUUCAUAGUUUAAACGUCCAACAACGUGGUGUCGUUUGACUUUGUUGGUUCUGUCCCAAGAAGCUGAAGAGGGCUGUGAUGUCACUGUGAUGAUGUCACAGGUCAGAGGUCAGACCGGGGUUCCCUUUAAACUGUGUUUCAUUACGCUCCAGCAACCCUUCAGGGCAACAAGUUGCUCCACACAUCCCUGGGACUCAGUUGUUGUUGCUGUUGUUGUUUUUUUAAAGUGUCUUCUCUUAGGCAGAGACGGAGUGAUGCUGCAUCGUCACGGCAACCACAACAUCUAUAAACCGAGCAUGAGCGUUCAUUUAAACCAACGUUUGAAUCAAGCUUUUCUUUGGCUGGUUUCAGUUUGACCUGAAACUUCUUCUUCUUCUUCUUCUUCUUCUUCUCCUUCUUCUGGUUUUUCUUCUUCUUCUUCUCCUAUAACUUCUCCAGCUGUUGCAGUGAAGCUUUGCAUGACUUAGUAUUUAUAGUUCUUCAUGUCCAAACCUUUAAGAUGAAAUCAGUAACAUUAUUCUAUAAGUCGGAUCAAUAAACAGCUGUUUGCUGUG